AUGAUCAAUGGGCCCCUGCUGGAUUAUCUAUCCUUUCUCACCUCAAUUCACCAUGAAGUGGUACCAACAGGAAGUACUUCAUCCAGAGUCAUAGUACAUGUGGAUCUGGAUUGCUUUUAUGCACAAGUAGAAAUGAUCUCAAAUCCUGAACUAAAGGGCAAACCUUUAGGAGUUCAGCAGAAAUAUUUGGUGGUUACCUGCAACUAUGAAGCCAGAGAACUUGGCGUUAAGAAACUUAUGAAUGUCAGAGAUGCAAAAGAAAAGUGUCCACAGCUGGUACUGGUUAAUGGGGAAGACUUGACUCGUUACAGAGAGAUGUCAUAUAAGGUUACAGAGUUACUGGAAGAAUUUAGUCCAGUUGUUGAGAGACUUGGCUUUGAUGAAAAUUUUGUGGACGUAACAGACAUCGUCGAGAAGAGACUACAGCAGCUUCCGAGUGAUGUACAUUCAGCAGUGACUGUGUGUGGCCACGUGUACAAUGAUCAGGCUAUAAACCUGCAUGACAUCUUGCAUAUCAGGCUACUUGUUGGAUCUCAGAUUGCAGCAGAGAUACGGGAAGCCAUGUGUCAUCAGCUGGGUCUCACUGGCUGCGCAGGAGUGGCUUCGAAUAAACUUUUGGCAAAAUUAGUGUCUGGCAUCUUUAAACCAAAUCAGCAAACUGUCCUGUUACCUGAAAGUUGUCAAGAUCUCAUUCGUAGUUUGAACCACAUAAAGGAAAUGCCUGGCAUUGGCUAUAAGACUGCCAAACGUCUAGAAGCACUGGGUAUCAGUAGCAUCCAUGAUCUUCAAGCCUUUUCAUCCACACUGUUGAUAAAGGAGUUAGGCGUUUCAGUUGCUCAGCGUAUCCAGAAGCUCAGUUUUGGAGAAGAUAACUCACCUGUGACACCCUCAGGACCACCUCAGUCCUUUAGUGAAGAAGACUCAUUUAAAAAGUGCUCAUCAGAAGUGGAAGCUAAAAAGAGGAUUGCAGAACUGCUUGGUAGUCUUCUGAACAGAGUAUGCCAAGAUGGAAGGAAGCCACAUACAAUAAGGUUAAUAAUCCGCCGGUUUUCAUCUGAGAAGCACCACAGUCGUGAAAGCCGCCAGUGCCCUAUUCCAUCUCAUAUCAUCCAGAAGUUAGGGAAAGGAAACUAUGAUGUCAGGACCCCAAUGGUUGAUAUACUUAUGAAACUUUUUCGAAAUAUGGUGCAUGUGAAGAUGCCAUUUCACCUUACCCUUCUAAGUGUGUGCUUCUGCAAUCUGAAAGCACUAAAUACUGCUAAGAAAGGACCUAUUGACUAUUACUUAGGACCAUCGUUAUCAACAACGACACACUCUGGCAAGCGCAGCUUUAAAAUCAAAGACACUCACAUGGAAGAUUUUUCAAAAGACAAGGAAACAAACCGGGAUUUUCUACCGAGUGGAAGAAUUGAAAGUACAAGAAGUGGGAUGUCUUCCCUGGAUACUACACAUUUUUCUGAAGAUACUAAUGAACGUCCACUCUCUUCACUUCCUGAGGGCAUUGACCAAGAUGUUUUUAAGCAGCUUCCAGUAGAUAUUCAAGAAGAAAUCCUCUCUGGAAAAUCGAGAGAAAAAUUUCAAGAGCAAGGGAGCUUGAGUUAUCCAUUACAUGCUUCUAGAGGAGUAUUAUCUUUCUUUUCUAGAAAACAGUUGCAGAAUACUCCCACCAACCCUAGAGACCAUUUAUCCAGUAGCACGCAGGUAUCAGCUGUCUCUCCCUGUGAACCAGGAACAUCAGGCUUAAACAGCAGUAGUUCUUAUCUGACUGGCCCCAAGGAUUAUGGAGAUGAACCACUGAGUCAAGGACCUAAAGACUCUCAAGGAUUCAAUUUUGCAAAUACCAACCCUGCUGUAUCUGCUGUCCAUUCAUUUCCAAAUUUGCAAAGUGAGCGACUGUUUUCCAAAAACCAUACUACAGAUAGCCAUAAGCCACCCGUAGCAACAGUCUCUCACCAUGUAGGGUUGACAGAAAAUAGCCAGCAAAGUUCUGCUGAGGAGAAAACAAUUUUUCCUUCUGAUAUUGAUCCUGAAGUUUUCUAUGAACUCCCAGAAGAAGUACAAAAAGAACUGCUGGCUGAGUGGAAGAGAGCAGGAUCCUAUUUCCAACUUGUACAUAAAUAG